UGCAUGCCAAAUUUCAGCCCGAUUCGUCCAGUGGUUUUGGGCUAUACGUUGAUAGAUCUAAAUUAUCAAAUAUGCAUUGUAGGAGGCGCGACUGAGAUAGGGCAAACCGCUUCCCUUUUACUAAGAACAGUGCCAUCGGUUACAAAACUAGUGAUUCACGAUAACUCAGAACACACGUCUGGUGUCGUACUAGAUCUGUCACAUAUUCCCGCCAACUCUACGCUUCAAGGCUUCAUUGGUGAAACUACUCUUGAGCGUGCUUUACGGAGUUCGAACCUCAUCAUUGCAACCGGCGGCGUCAUACAAAGCCCUGGAAUAUCCGAACAAAUCUUUUUCAAAACAAACGCUAACUUCAUAAGGAAAUUAUCAGCGGAAAUCGCAAAAAUUGCUCCCAUGCCGUUUGUUGGAAUAGCAACUGAACCAAUAAACAUCUUAGUGCCAAUGGCCGCCGAAGUGAUGAGAAACAACGGUGAGUAUGAUCCGAGAAAAUUGUUCGGUAUCACAACUGGCGACUCGUUAAAAGUGCAAUCUAUGUAUGCAAGUGAAAAUGACUUGAAUCCUCAAGCUUGCAAUGUACCAGUGAUCGGAGGUCACACGGACAAUACAAUCGUACCUUUGCUGUCCCAAUCAAAGCCAGCCUGUACCAUGAACGAAAAGGAUAUUCUGGAAUUUGUAACGAAAAUUCGGACUUCGCAAGAAGACGUUAUGAAUGCAAAGAAAGGUUGGUCACCUACCUUGUCAGUUGCUUACGGUAUUCUCGCCUUUAGUAGAGGUAUUCUGGAUGCCCUGUACAGUCGUCCCACACAAAUCAACGCAUUUGUUGAAAACAACGAUUUUGGCACGUCCUAUUUUUCCGGGCUGGUGUUUGUCGAUAGAAAUGGCGCUGGUGAGAUGCAGAGAUAUUCCAAUUUAUCCGAGUUCGAAUGCCAAUUAUUAGAACGUAGUAUUGAACAGCUAAGAAAAGAUGUUAUAUUAGGAAAGAAAGUAUUGGAGCUUGCGUAAUUUCUUGAAAGCUAAAUCUGAAAAAGCGUGUUUUAAAAAACAUCUGGAAAAUAGUGUAUCCGUCAUAAUCUCAGACCAAUUAUAGAAGGACCUGUAUCAUACUCAUAGUCACGAAUAAAAUUGUCUGUCAUUUUCUGAAGAAAACGAGCUUAGAUUUGGUAUAUAUCUUAUACUAUACUAGAAGUUUUUGCCCGUUUUUUACACAAUUCAAUUACACAAAAAGGUAUUUUUACGGAGCUCUUUAACCGACGAACACGAUUACAACUAUUUAACAUCGAUACUAUAGAGACAGUUUUUAUAAUAGCAUUAGAUCGUUGAUCAUAUACUUUGACAGAAAAGUAACGUCUAGCGAGGCAGGUCCUAUGCAAUAAUUGGUCUGAGGUCAUAAUUUAUUUGAUUUAAUAUUUUUGUUUAUUUCAAUUCAAUUUUGUUAUUGUAUAUCAGGAAAAAAAUAAACAAUUAUUACCAAUUUACACAAAUUUAUUUACACCAUACUAAGUAAUUGUUAUCUAAACAGUUUAUUAAAAAUACCUACUAUCACAGAAACAAUCAAAUACAUCUUCAUCGAGUGUUUUUUUGAUAUUUUUAUUUAAUCUUUUGUACACACG